GGUAUUCCAAUAUGUCCGCGCUAAUGUUACAAUUUCGUGCUUAGUAAAGAACAAACUUUUAUCUUAUGAACCAUCAGUAUUAAUAAUCCGCGAAUGAAAUAUCCAUAGAGUAUAUUUUUCCAGUUCUAGGACUGGAGGUCACAGACUUUGCUCCAUCGAAUGGCUAUGGUUCUCAACUGCCUGCCACUCAGUGGUUACAACAGUCAACAAAAUCUAAACACUACAAUGGAUUUAGAAAAAGAGGACUUUGAAAACAAAUAUUCAUGUAGUUCUAGUGUGGGUGGUGAUGUCAGGAAGAACUUGUCAUCCAGCCGUCCCCCUAGUGCUCUUGCUAGGGGUGUGCAGAUUACUGAAUUUGCUGACAGCAGAGUUAACCCCACACCUCGGUUCUUAGAUGAAUCAGAUAUCUUACUAGAGCAGUAUUUAAGUCCUGGAAAACUGCAACUGUUGACUGGAGUAGACAACUUAGAGACAGUUGAAUCUUUGGAGUUGAAGGUAGAUUCAAGGGAGACGAGUCUUGGGAAUUUUGGCUCCCUCCUCCCCAACUUGCUGGAGUUAAAGCUCAGUGGAAGUUGUAUCACAAGUGUCAGAGAUUUGGGCUCCUCCCUCAGAAGGCUGCACGUCCUAUGGUUGACCCGCUGUGGUCUUGAGGAACUGGAUGGCAUCUCCUCCAUGCUAAACUUAAAAGAACUUUAUUUGGAAUACAAUGAGAUCUCAGACCUGAGCCCCCUCUCAAUGUUGGAAGAGCUGGAAACCCUGGACCUAGAGGGAAACAACAUAGAUGAUAUCACUCAAGUUCAGUACCUCUCAUUAUGUCCCAAGUUGAAGCGCUUGUCAUUGGAUGGGAACCCCAUUUGUGUGUGUCCAUCACCAAACACUCAACAACCUGACUACGACUACAGGGAAACCGUGAAGAAAAUCCUCCCCACCCUCCUACUGCUAGAUGAGGUCUCACUCGAGGGCUACGACCCCUCAGCUGUCAGGCACAAUGUCUUUGAUGAGGACUGGGCCUAUCUUGAAGAGUUGCAGAAAGAUUCUUUUCUCCAGGAAGAAUUUUCUGAUGAAACAAUCGCAGUAAGUGAUGUUGAUCGUCCACCAACCGCUGCCCUUAGACCAGCAACUGCCUACCGUCCAGGCUCAGCCUUGCGACCUAGUUCAGGAUUUCGCCCACUGUCAGCAUCACGACACCUCUCAAGCUUGAGUGACCCAAAUACACCACGCCCUAAAACAUCAGCAUCCCAGAGACCAGUUUCCAGUGAUGCCGCUGAAAGCCUGGAGCCUGCCAGUGAGCUGACUAUGGGGAGCGUCAUCUGUGGAAACCCAUCUAAAGCCCUGAGACAACGGCGCAGCAAUGGGCCGGGAUCUAAAGAGGAUGUCAGGAGGGGUUUGAAUAAAUUGCUGCUUAAGGGUGCUGUGUUAAACCAAUCUACAGACAAAGAAGAAGAACCAGCUUAUGGAUCAGAAGAGCUAAACAACAUUAUUGAGGAGUUGAAUUCAUGGAAGGCUGACCAUGAAAAGCGUAUGGAGGAGCUGAUGAAGUCUAAAGCAGCACAGAUCCUAGUGGUUGACCACAAUGACCAGCUCAACUCUGACGCAAGUGAUGACGAGGAUGCUGACUCGACUCAUCAUGACGACAGCGCUGGCUAUGCCAGAAAACGUCACUCUGCUGAUCUGCUCUUGAAGAAAGACAUGUCACUGUCAAGUGGUGACACUUUGUCAACAGGGGAUCAGCUGGGCAGGAGGCAGGACAGCAGUGAGGACUUGUGUGACCAUUCUUCUUCUCAUGGACUGAAGGUCAGGGGAGAUCUGGAGGUGGAGGGGAGGGGGGUGGGAGCAGAGGAGGCAGCCAUGUUUAGGUCUCAGAGUCCCACAUCAGCACAAAUCAUCAACAGCAUGAGGAGCAAGCAGACCCUCUCUAAUACUUCGCCCAAGUUCAGGAAGUUGAGGGUAGGGCCUACAGGGCUUCCCCUCUCAUCCCAACAACCAGUCAUCAAGAACAGUAUUCUCCCAGCAAGACCUAAUGUGGGACCCAGUUCUCGACCACUCAGUUCUAAAGCUGGCGUCUCAUUACUCCCCUCACAACCCAGGAUUCCAAGAAUAUCUUCACAACUCAACAGUCUGGAGCCUCGUCCUCCCAAUAGCUCUUAGUAUUUGUGUUGUCCAGAGUUAUGCUGUCUGGUGGAUCACAACUCAACAGUCUGGAGCCUCGUCCUCCCAAUAGCUCUUAGUAUUUGUGUUGUCCAAACAGAAUUAUGCUGUCUGGUGGAUAUCUGCUCACAAGUUAAAGACAAUAUAAAAAAACCUUAAAAUAAAGUAAGGGAGAUAACUAUUUCAUAAAAUGAACCAAAACAAAUUGUUUUUGUUUUUUUACAUUUAUAAUGAUUGUUCUUAAUUAAUGGGUCUCUUUUUAAAGUUAUUUGUUCAGUUAAUAAAGUAAAAAAAUUGUGUACUUACCUUGUAAUGUUCUGUAUAUUAUUUCCAACAAUGCAGUUCUUUUUACCUAAUAUUUCAUGAUCAAAACAUUAUUAAAAUUCUCAACACAUUAAAAAACUAGGGAUGUUUGUAAAAUGUGUAGUGGAGUACUUGAUUCAACCUUUCAUAUGUAAAUAGAAAAGCUACUAACCUAAACUAUUAUCUUCUCUUGUUUUGAUGAUACAAACCUUAUUCUAUAUGGUUUGUUACAUGCUACAUUUUAUUCUGUUGUUUUUAAAUUGAAAAUUUUAAUUUAGUUUCAACAGAAUUCAUUUAAAAGAUAAUGUUAUGUGUUUUAUAUUAUUAUUUUAAUUUCUCUUGAAUUAGUUGAAAUGAUUGAUUGCGUUUUUCAUUUUUGUUGAAAUAAUUUUACUUUCAUUGGAAUUAGUUUAUAUUUUCCAAAGACCAUUGACAUUUUUUAGCAGCGAUUUUCCAGUUUUUUGUAGUUAUUAACAUUUGUAAAUUGUGUCGAGGUGGGAUGGCGGGGUCAAAUGGCAGAGCAUUAGACUACUAACCAGAAAGUCUCCAGUUUCAAUCAGGUCAGGGUUUUGUAGUCGUAGAAUGUCCCUGAGUCCACCCAGCUCCAAUGGCUACCUGACUCAUGUUAAAUAGUAAAAGUGGCUGGGCAUAGUGCUGACCAAACUAUCUCUUCAUAUGCCGAGGUCACAGCAACAGGUGAACUCUAUUUUCUUUGCCCCAUGGACCGUCAGGUUCUAAAGGGAACUUUAUUUUCCUUUUUUUUAAUGUGUCUUGUUCAUUUUUUAAAUACAUUUUUUUUAAUGUAUUUAGUUCAUUUCUUGAAUACAUUUUUUUAAAGAGUAACUACAUUUAUCACUGUAGCUAUUCAAAUACAAGAUUAUGUAUUUUAAUCUGUGUCCCACGACUGUGUCACAACUUAUAUUUAUAUGAGGUUCUUGCUUCCUUACAAAAAAAUAUUUUUUACAACUAAUUUAAGCAAACUUUGUUUUGUAAAAAAGAAAUGAUUGUGUCGGCCUAUCUGUAUUUGAAAGUUUUUUCAAUAUAUUUGAGUGGAUAAGAUUUCUCUACCGAGGGUUGUGUGUCAGGAAAAACAAAUUGUCUCAAAAUCCAUGGGGCACCAUGGAGUAAAUGAGUCACAUUUUCAAAUCAUUUUAUUGAAACAAAUACCAUAAGUGACUUUUAUAGAAAAAAAAACUACAUUUACAGUAACCCUGGCUGUGGGUUGUGGACUGCAUGAUUGUUGUGUUACAAUGUGAAAAGAUGGUUGUUUCCCUUGAAAUGUUCUCGUCCAAUAUUGAAUGCAAUUUCUGUGGGGUUGUUUCCUUUUAUAGGUUCUUGUGAUAACUUCAAAGAUACUGCUGAUGCUUCUACUGCCCAAGCCAAUGAUUGUAUUUUUGUAUAAUCCAAAUAAUGUGUUUUUGGGUUCCUAGAAAAAUGUGCAAAUGGAAAACUGCACAAAUACAAACUAAUUAUACAAAUACAUUUUAAUUUUGUUGAAGUGUUUUAUUAUUUUGUUUACGUCUAUAAAUGAUUGAUUUAAGAAAACAAAAAAGCCCUUCCACACUUUUUGCAGUUUUCCAUUGCGCAUCUUUCCAGUCACCAUGUUUUUAUGAUGUAUUGUUGUACAUUCCACAUAUACAGUUUCUGUUAUCAUGUAUUGUUGUACAUUCAACAUAUUGAGUUUGUUUUUAAACUAUCAACAGAUGACUGGAUACUGUAAUAGUAAAAUUAAAUAAUUUUUGUAUCAGCAUGUUUGAACUUCAAUGUACAUUAUUAUGCAUAUUGAGCAAUAAAUUAUUGAAUGUCUGCUUUAAAAGGUAUACA